AUGUUUCGCCGGCAUCGUAGUCGGCAUCAUCAGCGAGUUUUGCCAUUUUUCGCAUCAAGCUACGAACUUGUCAAAGAGACAAGUGAAGCCAAUCCCUCUACAAACGUUCUGCCGAAAGCGGUUACACUAUCACUGCUCUUCCUGUCCUGGCCUAUUUAUCUACUCUUUACCCUCUUCUCCCGCUGCCGCCCUAUCACAACUUCCCACUUGUUUACAUUCAACUCGUCAAAAUGUGUGCCCUUUUGUGGCAAAUCUAGCGUGGCCUCAUCACACUUGCUAUUUACCCCGAACCAUCUCUUUCGAUCAGCUGAUCCGACUCGGGCCUCCAAUCCAGAUCCCGUUCAUGGUCUCGUAGAUCCAUUCACUAUCUUUCUGGUUGACCGAUUUUACUCGGUUCCAGUCACAGUCUGCAUUUCACUCCAGGCGCUAUUUCUCAAGGGCCUAGAAGCACGUACACUGCGUUUCACUAUGCAGAGCGCCUAA